GCGUGGCUGUUCGCUUUGCGGAGAUGUUGUAGUCCCGUUUUACGACGCGGCGCGUCGCUUGGCGGCGGCCAUGGCGGCGCGGUUCAGCGGGGUGCUGCAGCUGACGGACCUCGACGAUUUCAUCGCUCCCUCGCAGGAAUGCAUCAAGCCUGUAAAAGUGGAUAAAAAGCCUGGAAAAGCAGCAGCCAAGAUCAGAAUUGAAGCUGAUGGAAGUUACUUCCAGGUCAAUCAGGAUGGGGAAGCACAAAAGCUGGAAAAGGCCAAGAUCAGCCUGAAUGAUUGUCUGGCCUGCAGUGGCUGCAUCACCUCAGCUGAGAGUGUCCUGGUGAGCCAGCAGAGCCAUGAGGAGCUCUGCAAGCUGCUGGCUCUCAACAAGGCUGCUGCUGCUCAUGAGCAGAAACUGGUGGUGGUUUCUGUCUCCCCCCAGUCCAGAGCCUCCCUGGCUGCAAGGUGCAAGCUGGGGCUGCUGGAGACAGCACAGAAGCUGACCAUGUUCCUCAAGAGUUUAGGUGUGCACUACGUGUUUGACACAACUUUCUCCAGGAACUUCAGCCUCCUGGAGAGCCAGCAGGAGUUUGUGAGACGCUUCCACAAACAAGCAGAUGACAAAAAGGCUCUGCCCAUGCUGGCCUCUGCCUGCCCAGGUUGGAUCUGCUAUGCAGAGAAAACCCACGGCAGCUUCAUCAUUCCCCACAUCAGCACCACCAAAUCCCCCCAGCAGGUCAUGGGCUCCUUGGUCAAGGGCUACUUUGCAGAGCAGAAGCACCUGCCCCCUGACAGGAUCUAUCAUGUCACAGUCAUGCCCUGCUAUGACAAAAAGCUGGAGGCCUCUAGGCCAGACUUUUUCAACCAGGAAUACCAGACCAGGGAUGUGGAUUGUGUCAUCACCACAGGAGAAGUGCUAAAGCUGCUGGAGCAAGAAGGAGUGUCCCUGGCAGAUGUAGAUCCUGCUCCCCUGGACACCUUGCUCGGCGGGGCCGCAGAGGAGCUCAGCACCCACCCCGGGGGGGGCUCGGGGGGGUACCUGGAGCACAUCUUCAGACACUCAGCCCAGGAGCUCUUCGGGAUCCACGUGGACUCCAUCCACUACAAACCUCUCAAGAACAAGGACUUCCAGGAGGUGACCCUGGAGAGGGAUGGAGAGGUGCUGCUCCACUUUGCUCUGGCCUAUGGCUUCAGGAACAUCCAGAACCUGGUGCAGAAGCUGAAACGAGGGAAGUGCCCCUAUCACUAUGUGGAGGUCAUGGCCUGUCCCUCAGGCUGUUUGAAUGGAGGAGGGCAGAUCAAACUGGAGGGGGAAUCCAGCAAGGAGGAGCUGCAGAAGGUGGAGAGGUUGUAUGAAUCCCUGAGGGCUGAGAUGCCAGAGGAAAACCAGGCUGUGAGGGAGCUGUACCAGCACUGGCUGGGGGGCUGGGGCUCAGAGAGGGCCCUGCAGGUGCUGCACACACAGUACCACGCUGUGGAGAGAGCAAACUCUGCCCUCAACAUCAAGUGGUGAGGGCUGGCCAGCCCAGGAGAUCCUCAGUGCCUUCUGAACUCUGAGCUCUGACCCUGCAAGGACUCUGGGAAUGUGCCUGCACUGCUCAUUCCUUCAGCUGGAGGAUGAGGUGAUGGGAAUGAACCCCAAAGUGUGACAGGAGACACAGCAAGAGGCAGAACUGCACCCCAGGCUGGUGGGACAGACCCUGCCCUGCUCCAACAGCCCCAUUCCUGCCAGAACUGAGGAAACAAGGAUUCAGAGCUCAGCUCCAGGCUGAGCUUCGUGCCACACCCCAAGAUUCCUCCCCCAGGCCUUGCUGGAUGGUCACAGCACUCAAUGCUGUGCCUGCCUCUGCUGGAGCAUCCUCAUUCCAUCAGGAAUGGUCUCACAAGGCCUGGAGUCCUCCCAUAUCCCUGCCCUGCAGGCUCUGUGCCCCUGGAGAGGGGGAUCCAAACCUGGGAUCAUCCCAGGGACUGCACUGAAUGCUGAGCAAAACCUUGUGAUUCCUUUUCCUUAAAUUAUAAAUAAUUUAUACCCAG